GGGGCCUUGUUGCGGAAUCGAUAUGAUUCGACAGAAUUUCUGCAAUGAACGAAGAGGACGAAGUUAUCAACGUUCUGCCUAUCCACUAUUCUGCGGCCUUACAUCCUAACAUCCACAUUCACCAAUAUCCUCUCCUCACCCGACCACUCCAGACCCCGCCUUCAGCUGCACUAACCGGUAAACGCAUCCGUGCACGCGUGAAGCCCAACAGUCAUAGGCUGGAACUCCAUGUACCAGUAGAUACUCGGCCGGAGGUGUGGAAUGGCGAGCGCAGCAAAGAACUGGGCGGUGCACGGGCAGAUGAUGAUCGCGAGAAAAACCAAGAUAUUGUCAAGGGUAAACAGGAGGGCGAGGAGCUCAGGCUCGGUGAAGUCCGUCUGCGAAGUGAAGAAAUCCCAAAACAGGGUGCAUAUAUGCUAGGUAUUGUCCGAGAUGGUCAUAUGCAUCUGCACCCAAUAACAGAGGCACACCAAUUUCGUCCUACGCUGACAUACCUGGAUAUACUGUCACGCAGAAACAAACGUUCUCGAGGAGGGGGUGGAUCGGACUCUGACUCUGAUGAUGGACCUCCACCCGAUCCAGACGAACCGGCUCCCGCUCCUGCACCUAAGAAGGAGAAAAAGGUCGCAGACGUGAGGGAGGUCCAGGUUUCAGCACGAAAGGCUGCGGACGACAAGGCUGGUAAUCUUCAAGGCGGUUUAUCUGCUGUACGAAGAGACAUGCUGCUAGCAAUACGUGCUGAAGAAGACGAGACCUGGCAGGAUUUAGAGUUUUGUGAUGGAGAUACUGCCGAGUCGAAUACUGCUUUUGAGACACUGUUCUCACAAAACGAGGAUCGGUUAGAGUGUAAGACUGAUAUCUCGGCUUUUAUUAAAGAAAUUAAAGGACUUGUAUCAUGAUAACAUUUGUUUCCUCUGUUGUACUUUCCUAUAUACUACAGCUAUAGAGUGAUAGUAUGAGAUAGACAGACAUACUAUAUCUUAUGUCGAAGGUUGGAGAUAUGCAGUUCUAGUUGAUAUAAUCAUGUCUGCAAUCAUAUCUACAGUCUACUGUUU